CUUGUGGAAGCUUCAGAAGUCACCCAUGCCUAUAGCAGGUCUUUGACUUUGUCGGGUGGAAGGACAGCUGUCUUGAAGUUCUUUCUGUUGUCGAGCACACGCGGGACUGAGCUGGACAUACGACAAGUUAACUGUUAUUCCACGUCAGCGUUCUUGUUCCCAGGAGACCACCAUUUAGAUCUUCUCUGAAUUAGUGUAACUGCUCUUGCUAAUAACAUAAGAAGACUGAGAACUGCGUUUCGUUUCACUCGCUACAUUCGUUUAAAGAAAUGGCUGAGAACAGUGGAAAGAAAUUGAGCAUUUCUCUUCAAAAAGCUACAAAUGUUACUUACCAUCGUCAUCUUGUUGAUAGAAAUACCAGAGGUCAAGUAAUGGGUCAAGGAAGAUUUCGUGGUUGCACCGUUUGGUUUACAGGAUUUUCAGGUUCUGGGAAAACAACUUUAUCAUUUGCCCUAGAAGAUUAUCUAGUAAUGAGGGGCAUUCCAGCUUUUAGUUUGGAUGGUGAUAAUAUGAGGUUUGGUUUGAAUUCUGAUCUUGGGUUUUCUGACGAGGAUCGCCAAGAAAACAUUCGGCGUGUUGCUGAAGUUGCCAAAUUGUUUGCGGAGUCCGGGGUUGUUACUUUGUGCUCCUUCGUGUCACCGUUUCGCGAGGACAGAGACCGCGCACGAAAAAUACAUGCUGAUGCCGGACUCCCUUUUUUUGAAAUUUUUGUUGAUGCGCCUCUUAAUGUUUGCGAAGAACGUGACGUGAAGGGUCUCUACAAGAAAGCACGACAAGGGACUAUAAAAAACUUCACUGGAAUAGAUUCACCGUAUGAACCACCCUUGAAUCCUCAUGAAACUAUGCACACCAGCCAGAAAUCUGUCAUUGAAUGCACUCAACAACUAGUAGACUUGCUCGUCAGCCAAAAUGUUCUGCCGAAAGCUGCACAGGCAACGGUUGUAGAGUUGUUCGUAUCUGAUGAACGAAGACCAGAUGCCAUAGCCGAGUCCGCUACACUUCCGUCCAUCGUUAUCAAUGACAUCGAUUUGCAAUGGGUGCAAAUUCUUUCCGAAGGAUGGGCGUCCCCACUGACAGGUUUCAUGAGAGAGCGGGAAUAUCUUCAGGUUCUCCAUUUUAAUUGUAUAUACGAUGGUGGAGUAUCAAAUCAAAGCGUUCCCAUUGUAUUGGCUAUUACCACAGCAGAGAGAGAAAAGCUUGAUGGCUGCUUAGCUAUUACUCUGCUCCACAAUAACAAGCCAGUAGCCAUACUCAGAUCACCCGAAUUCUUCGAGCAUCGUAAAGAAGAACGUUGUGCCAGACAAUUCGGAACAACCCAUCCGUCUCAUCCUUAUAUUCAAAUGAUAAUGGCAAGCGGUGAUUGGCUAGUAGGUGGCGAACUAGAAGUUUUGAACCGCAUUCGUUGGAAUGAUGGAUUGGAUGAAUAUCGCUUAACGCCUACUGAAUUGAAGAAAACUUUUCAUGAUAUGGGUGCCGACGCAGUGUUCGCCUUUCAAUUGAGAAAUCCUGUUCACAAUGGGCAUGCCCUUCUAAUGCAGUUUACUCGGCAAACGUUGCUUGAACGAGGAUACAAAAAACCUGUCCUGCUCCUUCAUCCACUAGGUGGAUGGACAAAGGAUGAUGAUGUCCCGCUAGCCGUGCGAAUGGAGCAACAUAAAGCCAUUCUGGAGGAAAGAAUUUUAGAUCCAGAACACACUGUUCUAGCUAUUUUCCCUUCUCCGAUGCUCUAUGCUGGCCCUACGGAGGUGCAAUGGCAUGCGCGAUCGCGUUUGAUGGCUGGCGCGAAAUUCUACAUUGUAGGUAGAGAUCCGGCUGGAAUGGCACAUCCCAAUCCAGCACUUAAGCAAGACCUUUAUGAGCCAACUCAUGGAGGGAAAGUACUUUCCAUGGCGCCUGGAUUAGUUGGAAUGGAGAUCAUUCCAUUUCGCGUAGCAGCAUAUGAUACACGAGCCAAGUCAAUGAGUUUCUUUGAUCCAGAACGCAAGCAGGAUUUUGACUUCAUCUCAGGAACACAAAUGAGAGGUUUGGCACGGGCGGGAGAAUCACCUCCUCCCGGUUUUAUGGCUGAUAAAGCCUGGGAAGUACUGGCUCGUUACUACCGUACGCUCAGCAGUAACUGAUUGUUCCAAGUAGAAGUAUAGUGUGCUAAAAGUAAGCAACUAGUAGCUUAAGUUUAUUUCCGAAGGCAUAUCGCCAUGCAUUUUGGUUCGCAAUUCACUUUGCAGCACACACAAAUUGGUACCUUAUUGGUAGCACUAAUGUUAGUUUUAAUAGUUUUAUUGAGACUGGAAUUUAUAAAAAGUUUUUCCUGUGCACACCAAUUUUAUUCCAGUAUGUUAAGUUUCAAUAUUCGUUUUCAUUUAACAUCCAUGCUUGCUAAGACAGAUGUGAUCGUGUUUUGAAUGGAUGAAAUCUUUUUGCCAUCUUUGGUAUGCAUUUCUGUUAUAUCUAAUUGACCCAAAUUAAUCAGUUUCACGUUGCGCAUCGCGUUUUGUCUUUUAGCACUUCGCUCAGCUGGUGCAAUGGGGAGUAAUUUGUAUGCUUCUUCCCACAUGAUUUUCGAAUGGACCAAUUUGUUAUCGUUCAAAUUUAUUCAUAGUAGUUUUGAUGGUUUCAGUAUAUUAGUUAUGGGGCUUGUUGAAAUAUAAUCGAAUUGCUUGUGAGCAAGCCAUAUAUCAGAUGUUCUAUGUUCAAGUGAGGGAAAGUAAUGUCCUGAAACGGAUGUUGUUUUUGUAAGCGUAGUGUGCAAUAGUAAUGCCCAGUUCAUCUGAUUUCGAUUCAUUCAAUAUAUCUUUUUAAAAUUGUCA